UUCGGCUCUAUACACCUUGGCCAUCGCGAUGUAAACAAACGGCUUCAAGAUCAUCCGCCAGCAACGGGAUUGAGAAGAGAGAAGAAAAAAAAACAGGUGCUAAAUACUCAUGUGGCGUGUCCUACUUCCGCACGAUCAGUCGCUUGCAACGGAGGGGCGAUGGCUUCGUGUUAGCAAAUCGGUGGAAUUUCUUUAGCUAAUCGAGAGCAUUCGCCGUGAUUAACUGCAACCAACCACCCAGUGAAGAGAGUCCGCGGUCAUCAUCAUCAUGUUCCCGUGGUACGAUAUUCGGUCGAUCAAUUUGAUCAACUUUUUGUUCGCCAACCUCAUCGUGACGGUCGUGGUGCUCGGUGGACUGUUGGCAACGAUAGAAAAGCAUCUGCCCACCGCCAUCCGGCAGACGUUCCGGUAUGGCAAACAUGCACUCAAGGGGUCGCCGGACCGAUUAGUGUCCCUGCUGGAGGUCCCGAAGGCGUGGUUCAAACAUUUUUACGUCUUUGCUGCCCUCUGGUCGGUGGCCGGAUUUGCCGUCAUGAUGGAGACCUACCUCACUGGCCAGCCAGCGCGGGACUACGUAAUCGCCUUCCUCGACACGAUGGCAACCAACAAGCGCAUGGUGCGCACCACGCCUACCGAGACGAUGGUUGCCAUGACGCUGAUCACACUGCAGUGCUUGCGCCGGUUCUACGAGACCUGGUUCGUGCAGGUGUUCUCGAGCAAGCUGAAAAUCAACCUGUCCGCGUACCUCGUCGGGUACAUCCAUUACUUCGGUACGAUCGUGGCGAUCCUAGCGCAGGCGGAGGGUUUCACCCGCGCCGGCCCCGUCUCGCUGCCCACCAACGGAUAUCGGUUCGAGCCCAGCGUCCGAUUGGCCCUGUGCGUUGGCGUGUUUUGCUACGCCUGGUACCACCAGUACCUGUCGAACGUGAUCCUGGCCAACCUGCGCAAGGACAAGGCGGGCAAAGUGGUGAGCCAGAAGCACAGCCUGCCGACCGGCGACUACUUUGAGGCCGUAUCCUCGCCCCACAUGUUCUUCGAGAUCGUGAUGUACGUCGUGCUGUUCUGUGUGCUGCACCGGAACAGUACGAUGGUGUACGUGCUGUUGUGGGUCCUCUCGAAUCAGCUGAUGAACUCAUGGCUCACCCACCAGUGGUACGUGGAAAACUUUCCCAACUAUCCUAAGCAAAGGAAAGCGCUCGUACCGUUCGUUCUGUGAGAUCGACGGUGAGGGUGGGACACAAUAUCAUUCCGGGUGUUGGGUAUUUUUCUAUUUAGGAAAAAACGGGUACAAUCUGAAUCGUUUCUAUUUGGUGCUAACCUUAAUUGUAAGAUCUUUACUGGCACUUUAACACUUUUAUAAAGUGAAAUAAAACUGUUAAUAUGUCUCCUCUUCUAA